AUGUACCCCGAAUUAACAUCCCCUUUUAGCUCUAGUAACAUUACGCGUAACUUCUCUCAAGGAAAUGUAGCCACCUUAUCCGUACAAACUUUUUCUGCGCCCACUGGCCCUGCUAAUAUAUUCAAGGAUAUGUGCUUGGGUGGUUUCUUCCUCUGCAUGGCAAUCAGAUCAUUAGAGUGGGGCUUUUCCAAAGGCUCGUAUUAUACAAGGCCCUUGGUAGAAGUUGAUGGCAUAAAACGAUGGGAAAAAGUUAAAGACAUUGACGAGACUCAUAGAAAGCAAGAAGAAGAGCCUUGCAAUGUGUUUAAAUUAGCUACUUGGACGUUGCUACAGCUCUUUUCACUCCGAGGACUGCAAUUUACAUACGGUCCUGGCAUUGCUGCAAACAACCAAAGUACUUUUGGUUUAUUGUGGAGGAUGUUUCGCGUCAACAUUCCACUAACCGCAGCCCUUAGUUUUCUUAUCUUGACUCGCGACUCCAGCCUUGGUACCCCCGAAUCAGCUCUCCUGUCAUUGGAUGUUCCAAAUUUUCCUGGAUUAAAACUUUUAUCGGAGGGUCUUCAUAUCACUUGCUUUGGUAUAUGGGUAGCAUGCACACUUGACAAUAUGUACAAUAUCCUCACCCUUUUUGUUACAUGUAUUCACAAGAUGGCAGUAUUGUCAAAUUGUCCUCAAGCACUACUAGAGCUCUGCGAUCCAAAAUACUUCCCAUCAAUCUUCAAUUCGCCACAUAAAUCCGAUUCAAUCGCACACUUUUGGUCCAAAGGGUGGCACACAGUACCACAGCGUAUGUUUUUAACUACCGGUGGCAAACCAAUGGUCUGGAUCAUGAAACGAUUAGGCGCUAGUGAACGGGUCCAAAGACUGGCUGUAAUGUUCGGCGUGUUUGCCUCUUCUGCAGUCAUUCAUGAAUAUGUGUCAUUCAGCGUUGCUCGACGCUGGAAUCCUAGCUUGGAACUUACGACUUGGUAUCCCGCCUCGAUUGUUUACUUUAUGCUACAACCGUUCGCUAUCUUGGUUGAACCUUUUGUGAUACCCCUCAUUCCAAAGAGAAUAGGAGGUGGAAUGCUUUAG